AACCCGCACGUCAGAUUCAGACUCUAUAUUUGGUUUUAAAGGUAACAAGUAGCACUUACGAGUUUGCUUGAAAAACAUAUUUUGUUUUGAUUCAGAGAUGGACGAAACCAUAUCGAGUGCAUCGUCCGCAGAUUCCGCUACAGCAAAACAGGCGGAAAGAAUGAAAAGACUCAAGGAUCUCCACAUUAAAAGGAACCAAGCGAGAGUGGAGAAUCAUAAGGAAGUCGUAGAGGAGGAUAAGAGGAACAAGCUACCUGCCAAUUGGGAGUCUCGUAAGAGAAAGGCUGAAUGGAUAAUACAGGACGAAGCUGCUCGGAAAGAAGCUGAGGCUAAGGGAGAAGAUUAUGAACGGAACAAAUUAUUACAAAUAGCUGCCACAGAAGCGGAACAAAUAGCGAGGAAGAAGCGAAGCAAACAGAAUCCAGACCCAGGCUUCUCCGAUUACGAACAAGCGGCGAUACGUUCGUACAACAGGCUGGUGAAGAAUAUUAAGCCGAAUAUGGAGGCGUACGAGGAGUCCAAGGAAAAAUUGGGACCUGCUUUCUACGGGGAUCGCAACACCAUACUGCACGGUUUACACGAGGACAGGAAAGAGGCGGUCGACAAGAUGGUCACCAACUUGGAGAAACAGAUCGCAAAGAGAGAAAAGUACAGCAGGCGUAGGAUGCACAACGACGACGCGGACAUCGAUUACAUCAACGAACGUAACGCCAAGUUCAACCAGAAACUGGAGAGAUUCUAUGGCGAGUACACGCGCGAGACUAAGUUGAAUCUUGAGAGGGGUACGGCCAUAUAACGGGAUAACGUCGUUGCAAUUAUUACAAAUACUUUGUAUUUUAAGUAUUGUGCGAUAAUUUUGUACAAAUAGGAGUCUAAGGAGAUAAGUACCGUUGUAUUUUUAUGUUCGAGAGAGAGAAAGAGAUGUGUACCUUCUGUGCACGUUGCGAAUGUCACUUUACGAUACGCGUGCGAACCACGCGAGGAACUAUAUGUAUACAGAUUUUUUUUAAGACGAGAAAUAUAUAUGUGUAUAUAUAUAUAUAAUUGUCAGAACAAUUCCGAUUAGUCAAAGUGUGAAUGUGUAGAUGGAGACUUUGCUCUCUGUAUGGUCGCUAAAUAACGACUCUAACAACGCGACACGUACGCUCAGUUGCAAA